AUGGUGAGUUUUUGGGAAGAUUUUGAUUUUAUAUUUUAUUUGAAGCGAUAAUUUUACGUUUCACAAAUUAAGUAUUUGGGGAUUUUUUGGUUUAAAACAUUGUUUGAGUAUAAAUUUUCAAUGAUAAAAGUUUUCUGAAAAACAUUUAAAAUAAAAAAUUAUAGAACUUUAAAAAUGGAACUUUUAGAGGAGCCACAAAUUCAAAUCCCAUUUUCCCUAUUUUUAUGUGAAAUUUACUACGUUUCAAAAAUUAGAAAAAAGAAAGAUUCUAGAAAUAUUGGAACCUAGUUUGAAAAUUUCACUGUUUCAAAAAACUUUUUAAUUGACUUUUGAUAUUUUGUUAUCGUAAGGGGAAGCCAUUAAGUUCAAUGAUUAUUUUUGAAACAGUAAAAAAUUGAGGCAACAAAAAUUUAGAUUUUUUAAACUGAAAAUUAAUUUUUUCAUAUGAAAAAUACAUGAAACUAACUUCCAAGAGUCAAAAAUCAAUUUUAAUUUUUUUGAAACAGUAAAUUUUUGCGCAAAAAAAAAUUCACUCUCACAGGGUGUAAUUUACUACCCGAAAAGUAUUCCACAUUUUUUGUUCUGUUUCAAAAAUUUUCUAUUAGUUCUCAAUCAAGUUUUAGAACAGUGCCAAAUUCCUCUGUAGCUAAAAAUGAUAAAUAUUUUGUUUGCAGGGAGACAUUAUCGCUGAUGCUUUGGAGCAACUCUCCGCCGAUCAAAUCGAGCGUAAGUUAGCCUAACCCUUUCUUACGAUCACCCCAAUCUCACCCAAUUUCUCUUCAGAAUUCCGUAAAUACUUCAACAUGUUCGAUAAAGAAGGAAAAGGAUAUAUCCGUGCCACCCAAGUCGGUCAAAUUCUUCGUACAAUGGGACAAGCUUUUGAGGAACGUGAUUUGAAACAACUCAUCAAGGAAUUCGAUGCUGAUGGUUCGGGAGAAAUCGAAUUCGAAGAAUUCGCUGCAAUGGUUGCUAACUUCGUUGUCAGCAAUGAAAAUGAUGAAGGAUUGGAAGAAGAAUUGAGAGAGGCUUUCAGACUUUAUGAUAAGGAGGUGACUUGAAAACUCUUUUUGUAGAAAAUUAGAAAAAACCUGCGAACACUUCUUAGCAAACAACUCAAAGGUUACCGGUUCCACGCGUAGUUAAGUGGUAGUGCCUUUGUUUUUGAAUCACAGGGUCAGGGUUCGAGUUUUUGUGCGCGCAAAGAUUUUUUUAUUUUUUCAGGGAAAUGGUUACAUCAAUGUUUCUGAUUUGCGUGACAUUUUGCGCGCUUUGGAUGACAAUGUAUCAGAAGAAGAACUCGACGAAAUGAUCAUUGAAAUCGACGCCGAUGGUUCAGGAACUGUCGAUUUCGAUGAAUUCAUGGAAAUGAUGUCUGGAGAAUAA